AUGGAGGAGCGGAGCGGAUGUGAGUUUAAAGGUGCUGAUGUAAGGGGAUGCUCGUUACCACGGCAACGGGAUGCAGACACGGGAGGCCUGGCGCUGCAGAUGGGGGAGUACUGCUCUCCAGCGAGUCUGCGCGGUCCUUUUCGAGGGGAGGACAGCAGCAUCUCUGUCAUGGCGCCCGUGUACCAGGUGAAGUCCAACCUGAAGAGCAUGGAGCAGGAGCUCCAGUGCCCGGUGUGUAAAGGCAUGGUCAAGCAGCCGGUGGUGCUGCCCUGCCUGCACAGCGUGUGCCUGCUGUGCGCCUCCGAGGUGCUGGUUCAGAGCGGGUACCCCCCGCCCGACCUGCCCCCCGAGCCCAACUCGCCCGCCUCCAACACCACCCAGCGCCAGGCAGCGACCACUGCCCAAAGCGGGCCAAGCCCCUUGCCCAAAGCAGGCCGCGUGGACCGCCAGCUCAGGCAAGGGUUUGGCACGUACCCUGGGCGCAGACGUAAAGAGGGCCCCUCUGCGGCCAUGCUGUUCCCCUGCGUGCCCUGUGGGAGGGACGUGGAGUUGGGGGAGAGGGGGCUGGCCGACUGCAUGAGGAACCUCACUCUGGAACGCAUCGUGGAGAGGUACAGACACACGGUGAGUCUGGGCAGUACUGCUGUCUUGUGUCAGUUCUGUAAGCCUCCUCAGCCUCUGGAGGCCACCAAGGGCUGUGCCGACUGCAGGGCCAACUUCUGCAAUGAGUGCUUCAAGCUGUACCACCCCUGGGGCACGCCCCGUGCCCAGCACGAGCAUGUGCUGCCCACCCUCAACUUCAGACCCAAGGUGUUGUCAUGUAUUGAGCAUGACCAGGAGCGGCUGCAGUUCUACUGUAAGUCCUGCCAGAGGCUACUCUGCUCUCUGUGCAAGCUGCGCCGCGUCCACGCCGGACACAAGAUCAUCCCCAUCACGCAGGCCUACCAGACCCUGAAGGACAAGAUCACCAAGGAGCUGAACUAUGUGCUGUCUAAUCAGGACACGGUGUUGUCACAGAUCACCCAGCUGGAGAAUGUCAUCACUCAGACAGAGGUGAACAGUGUGUCUGCGAGGGAGCAGCUGGCCCAGUGUGUGCGCGACCUGACCGCCCUCAUCGCCGAGCGACAGGCGGGACUGGCCCAGACGCUGGAGGCCUCUCGGCAGAGGCGGGGCGAGGCGUUGGCCAAUCAGGUGGCAGAGAGGCGGAGCCUGCUGGAGCACGCGGGCCUGCUGGCGUUCGCCCAGGAGCUGCUCAAGGAGACCGACCCGUCCUGCUUUGUCCACGCCGCCCGCCACACACACAACAGGCUGGCCCAGUCUAUUGAGUCCCUGCAGUGCUUUUCUCUGGCUGCUGAUCCGUCCUUCCGCCACUUCCAGCUGGACGUGUCGCGCGAGCUCAAGCUGCUCUCCGAGCUGGGCUUCAUCCAGGCCCCUCUGGCACCUGUGAUCGACACCCAGCGCACCCUAGCCUACGAUCAGCUUUUCCUCUGCUGGCGGCUGCCACAGGACUCCUGUCCUGCCUGGCACUUCUCCGUGGAGUACCGGCGCCGGGGCGUGGUACCCGGGGGAGGGGUCAGAGGCGGUGUCCGCGGCGGAUUGGCUGCCGCUCGCUGGGGCUGGCAGCGAUUGGAGGAGGUGAAUGGCAACAGUGCGGUGAUUGACAGGCUGGAGAUGGACAGCGUGUAUGUGCUGAGGGUGAGGGGCUGCAACAAGGCCGGCUAUGGGGAGUACAGCGAGGAGGUGUAUCUGCACACUCCACCAGCUCCAGUCUUGAACUUCUACUUGGACUCUCGCUGGGGUCUCCACGCCGACCGCCUGGUGGUGAGCAAGGAGCAGCGCUGUGCGCGGAGCAUUCCGGGCCUCUCGCUGCUGCAGGCGGCCGACCGUGCCCUCACUUCCUGUCACCUGACCGCCGACCUGCUGGUGGGGGACGUGGCCAUCACGCAGGGACGACACUACUGGGCAUGCUCAGUGGAGCCUGGCUCCUACCUGGUGAAGGUUGGAGUGGGAUUGGAGUCGAAACUGCAGGAAUGGUUCCACCUACCCCAGGAGAUGGCUAGUCCACGCUAUGACCCAGACAGCGGGCACGACAGCGGAGGAGAGGACGCGCUGGACUCCCCUCCUCCCUUCACCUUCCUCACCAUGGGCAUGGGCAAGAUCUAUCUGCCGCCAAACACCAGCGCCCACCAUGGUUGCCAGAGCAACGGCCGCGACUCCGGCCUCUCUAGUAGCAACGGCCCGUCUUCGCCCACCGGCGCCACCUACCCGCUCCCGCCUCGGCUCGGCGUGUGUCUGGACUUCGAGAAGGGACGGGUCACCUUCUACGACGCCCAUUCGCUCCGCCCGCUGUGGGAGGGGCCUGUGGACUGUUCCGCCCCCGUGUGCCCGGCCUUCUGCUUCAUUGGGGGAGGAGCUCUGCAGCUUCAGGAGCUGGUAGCCAAUCGCAACGCGGAUCAGACCCCCGUGAGAAGGGUCACCAUCCAAUCCCGCGUCACCAAGAUAAAUAAGUGAAUUUGUUUUGCGAAACUUGCUGUACUUAUCUACCUAAUUCUUCGUUACGACAGGAGAAACUUCCUAGCCUUAGUGCUUUUGUUUUUAUAGUUCCUUUAUAGGUUUUUAUUUCUAUUCUAACAAAUAUGCAUAAUGUAACUAACUUUCUUACUCUGUUGUUGUUUCUAUUAAGUUAGCGUGGUCGCUAGUACUAAUCCGCUUUGAAGCCGUUUCGCUGAAAAAAAAAAAACAAGACACCUAUGUAUAUUUAGAGUGUCACUGACCCUAGUGUGUCUAAUAGAACAGCUAUACGUGUCUGUAGAUAUAUGCAAGAUCAUUGAUUUCUGCAAUUAAUCACCGUUCCUUUCCUCAUUGUUCUGGUUGUGGUCAGACCCUAGCUCGCGCUUGAUCUCCGUACCCGCUGUCCCACUCUAUCAGUGUCUAUUCGUCUGUUUGUCCUGGUCUGUUAUUACUGCCUUUCGGAAACAGGAUGCAACAACUCCUGACUGUUACCCUCAAGUCGUUGCCAUGCAACCCCCCCACAUCCCCUCCACACACACACACACACACACACACACAUGCGCGCGCAUCGUCCCUUCCAUCCCCCAGCCCCCCAUUGUCAUGACAACCAAAGAUGUUAGGCGAAGGGCCUGCCCAGAGAUCUGGCAUGCAGAUGUCAGUGGAAGUGGGUAUUCCAAGUCAGCGGGGAGCUCGCAAACACAGUGGGUAUUUAGUGACAGAGUCUUUGAUAGAGUUUGGCAGGGCAUGGGGUGGGUUGGGUUGGAUGGCGUGGUGAUGGGGAUGGUGGGGGCUUUGGAGCGCAGUGGGCCAUGGUAUGGGCUCUCUGCACAGUCACCUCCCCUCCUCCACCACCCCCAUGAGAAACACAAUGCCAGCGUAGAGCUUUUCAGAGCUUUUCUGGGCCCUGAGAGCUGUUUAAACCAGUUAUGCUCUGAUUCAAGUGUAAAUCGUAAGCAUUAAGAAAUGCUCAUAAAGUCCUUAUUAAGACGUGUACAGUCCCUGUGAAACUUCACAUAGUAAUCAUUGAAAAGGGAUGGCUUGGCUUAUGUAGAUGUCAGUUAGAUUAUGUUUUAGAGGUUGUCCUUUUGGACAACUCUUUUGUGAAGUAGUGCUGAACUAGUCCUUAUAAGGGUUUCUCGUCCUAACCAAGGCUUUGGCAAUGUUGCUGGAGAAAGCUGAGUUUGGCUUACGUGGAUGCCUUCUAGAUUACGUCUUAGAAAUCCUCCCAGGGUGAUUCUCUUAGCGGAUGAGUUCUGAUGCGGUUUGUAUAAAGACUAGUGAAGCGUUUAAAGAGGAGGAGACGUAGGGGUUAUUUAUUGACGUGUGCGUGUGAGACCCUUAAGAGACUAUCCGCAUUUCACGACCACUCCGAGUCUCUCUCUCUCUCUCUCUCUCCGUGGGGUCUGGUAUCAGGCUGGUAGGAGAUCAGAUAACAAGAUUGAGUGAGAGGCAUCUGUCCUUCAUUAGGCUGGCUUGGCCUGGCCAGAGGGGGUUCGCUAAGCUAACCCCCUCUAAUGUAUUUAGACAGCAUUAUCAAAGCUAACUAAACCAACAGAUCCCGUUUUUUUUUUUUUGGGGGCAGCGAAAUCAGAUGCGUGCUACCUACCUACAUGCUUCAGCUAGCUAACGAGACUUUAUUAGUCUGUGCUAAUCCGAUCCACCUGCUCUGUCCUUGAGAGCAUCCAUUUGAUCCUUCUCCUCUGUUUUUGGCCUUUUAGCGUCUGCCUGCCCGAGAAAGAGGAGAGUAGGUUUGUAGACCUGUCCUCAAGAGCGUCCAUUUGAUCCUUCUUCUAGCGUCUGUCUGCCCGAGAAAGAGGGGAAAAUGUCUGUAGAUAUGAUGACUGCAAACACAGCCUUAAGGCCAUGCAAAUGUGCUCUGAUUUGGAUGCAGAAAAGGGAUGGCAAUGCCAUUCAAUAAAUCUUACUCUUUUGGAUGAAUGUUUCAUUCAUGGGGGAGUGCAAGAGCGAUGAGGAGAAGAGAGUAAUGCUUUAUGAAAAUGUUAUGAGCAAUAUUGAGAAAUGUUGGCCCAAGAGGCGCAUAUAUUCUUAACCACUGAAAAUGUCUCCUUUCACUUUGGAAUGAAAUUCUUCCUAGGAGCAAAGAAAAUGCUUUUCAGAGGUCAACGUCAUGAUAUAAAGAAUUUUUGUAGUGAAAACGUUCACCUGCCAAUUCGUUUUAGUGGCGAAUGAUCUCCACUGAUCUCCGACUUUAUGUCUCUCCCAUAUUUCUCACCUCGUGAGGUUUACGGUGUUAAAGAGACUCAUCUUUGAAUUGAAGCCAUAUUCCUGUGUCACGGUCCAGGCCCUGCGUGCCGGAUGGACCUUGUUUUUUUUUAACGGUGCGUUUAACAGGUUUGUAUUAUUCUUAGCACUUCCUCCUCAGUCGCAGCUGCACCAUCACAGAGCACAUCUGCGGAGCGGAAAAGUUAUAAGUCUAUAGGGGUGUAAUGUAGGCGUAGUUCUAUAGGGACACGUGCAAGAUCUCUCUCUCACUCACACACACACACACACACAUAAACAUACACACACACACACACACACACACACACACACACACACACACCGUUACGUAUGCCAAAAGGCAAUUAUUGUAUUCACGUACACUAUAAUGUCACUGUAGCAUGUGCACAUAAUGUGUGCAUGUUUGACUGAUUGUGUGUGUAUGUGUGUGUGUGUGUGUGAGUAUGUGUGUGUGAGUGGCUAUGGAAAUAUAAUGUAUGGAAUAUGUGGAGGAAAUGAGGAACAAACCAUAAGGAUCAUGAAUGCAUCAAUUGUGGGCUUCAUUUUCUGUAGACCUAAAACAUGUAUUUGAUUAAGUGUUGGACAAUGAAAUGGAAAAUGGAAUGCAAUACGUAUAUACUAAUGUUAUGUGUGUGUGUGUGUGUGUGAUUGAGUGAGUGAGGGAAUGAGAGAGAGAGAGAGAGAGAGAGAGAGAGAGAGAGAGAAAGUGUGUGUAAGAAAAUGGCUUACCCUUUUUGCUUUCUCAAAAUUGUCUUGCUUCUCAUUGGCUGAUGUUGCUGCUAUUGCUUCUACUCUGAUGUUUUGUUUCAAGCGAGUGGCCCGGUCAGGAAGAGGGCUCCUGGUCGGACUUUGAUUUGGCAAGCUGUGCUUCCAAGGAAUGGCUCUAGACUGUAGUGUUUUCCGAGUUUCACGUGCACCACACCUGCAGGCAGAACGAACGUUUGUGAAAUUUAAACUGAAUUGAAUUGAGUUGGCUAACAUAAAGAUUAAAAAUCAAAAAUCAA